AUGCAGGAUUUGCAGAAUUCAGACAGAAGUCAGUAUUCUCACUCACAGAUGACAGCUAUGAGGCCACGAGUUCAGGCUCAAGACAUACGACAGACAGCUAUGAUGCCACCUGGUCAGCUGACUACUAUCAAUCAAUCACAGCUGAGUGCUCAGCUUGGUUUAAAUAUUGGAGGAAACACUGUUGCACAUAAUUCUCCUUCCCCACCAGGGAGUAAAUCUGCCACACCUUCACCAUCUAGCUCAGUCCAUGAAGAUGAAGUGGAUGAUACAACAAAGAUCAGUGGAGCAGAAAAGCGGCCAGCCCCUGACAUGGGAAAGAAGCCAAAAACACCUAAAAAGAAAAAGAAGAAGGACCCAAACGAGCCACAGAAGCCAGUGUCUGCCUAUGCAUUAUUCUUUCGAGAUACACAAGCAGCUAUAAAAGGCCAAAAUCCAAAUGCUACUUUUGGGGAGGUAUCCAAAAUUGUAGCUUCAAUGUGGGAUGGACUGGGAGAGGAACAGAAACAGGUGUAUAAGAAGAAAACUGAAGCUGCCAAAAAAGAGUAUCUGAAGCAGUUGGCUGCAUAUCGAGCAAGUCUUGUAUCCAAGAGCUACAGUGACCCUCUUGAUAAUAAGACAUCACAGCAAUCUCAGAUGAUGAAUUCAAAGCCUCCAGUGUUCCAUGGACCCACACAGGCACACUCUACACUGUAUCUCAGUUCCCCUUAUCACCAACAGUCAACAAUGAACCCACAUUUAUCCACCAUGCAUCCUGGAAUCAACAGGAACAUAGCUCCCAAACCCAGCAACCAAAUGCCAGUGACUGUUUCUCUAGCAAGCAUGGCUGUUUCUCCCCCUCCAUCUCUUCAGAUGAGUCCACCUCUCCACCAGCAUCUGCACAUGCAGCAACACCAGUCAAUGUCAAUGCAGCAGUCAAUUGGAAACCAGCUACAGAUGCAGAGUCAAACAGCUUUGCAUUCACCAGCAAUGCAGCAGGGAUUUACUCUUCAGUCAGAAUACCAGAAUCUUAUCAACCCAACAUCUACAGCGGCCCAGGUUGUUACUCAAGCAAUGGAGUAUGUCCGCUCAGGAUGCCGGAAUCCUCCAGGACAGGCCAUAGAAUGGAACAAUGACUACUGCAGUAGUGGGUGA